CACACCUUUAUAUCGCGAUUAUCGCAACUUCUUAUCAAGGCGGUUUAUCUAAUUGUGGAGGGCCGGAACGGGUUCUGGCACACGGCUGGGACGGUCUCGCCUCCGAGUCCCCAGGUUCCGGACCGCGCUAACAAAUUAUACCAGGGGGUGGAUUUGAGGAGUGGCGAUAUCGGCGUCCACUUGGCUCCUCAAGAUUAACAAUGGAGGACUAGGAAGCCCCGGGUACCAAGAGGUCUGGGGUCUUAGAAGGUACUUAAAAUUUUGCAGGGGCAAUGUAGUCGACUCAUACUCCAAAGCCAAAUUUGGAAUUCCCAGACAAAUUUCUGUGACUCUUACCCAUCUCUUCCUUUCCACACCUUUGUGCUGUGGCCUCCUUCCUUCAAAAACCAUCCCACGCUCUUCUGCAGCUCUCACCUGUAGACCAACCAUCAGCUGCUCACCUGCGCCUUGCCGGAUCGAACGCCCUCUCUCCCAUCGCAACAGACACCAGCUUGCGCGCGCCGCGACGGCCAGAGUAAGUAUAAAGACGGUUGUCACUGACUGGCUUGUAGUCCGCUCUCAACGUCCGCUCCAAAAUCCCAAGAACUAGUUGCCUCCUAGCCUCCCGUCCAAAAACAAGAGAAUAGACAGUCAACAUGUGCGGCAUCUUCGCCUGCCAUAGUCACCCAGACGUCGCCAAAUUCAAGCCGACUGCUCUGAAGCUUUCCAAGCAGAUCAGACACAGAGGCCCGGAUUGGAGUAAGAAUCUCACCCCUGACGUUAUCUCUAACAACACGAUUCUGUGCCAUGAACGGCUCAGCAUCGUCGGUGUUGAGAGCGGAGCUCAGCCACUUACCAAUGCCGAUGACAGCAUUAUCCUCGCCGUCAACGGCGAAAUUUACAACCACCGUCUUGUUCGCAAGACCUUGAAGACCCCCUACCACUUCAAGACCACCUCGGAUUGCGAGGUUGUGAUUCCUCUGUACCUCGAGUAUGGCAUUGAUGCGCCCAAGCACCUCGAUGGCAUGUUCUCCUUCGUUCUUUACGACAAGAAGAAGGACCGCACAAUCGCCGCCCGCGACCCCAUCGGUAUCACAACCCUUUACCAGGGCUGGUCCUCCAAGGAGCCCGGCACUGUCUACUUCGCUUCCGAGCUGAAGUCCCUCCACCCCGUCUGCGACAAGAUCGAGGCUUUCCCCCCCGGACACAUCUUCGACAGCUUGACUGGCGAGAGGACACGGUACUUUGAGCCCACAUGGUGGGAUGGCGAGAAGAUCCCCCAGACCCCUGUCGACCUCAAGAAGCUCCGCGAGACUCUUGAGAGGUCUGUCAGGAAAAGGUUGAUGGCUGAGGUUCCUUAUGGUGUUCUCCUUUCCGGCGGUCUUGACUCUUCGCUUGUUGCUUCCAUUGCCCAGAGGGAAACCCUGCGCCUGAAGAAGCUUGCAGAGGAGGCCAACGGCGCCGCUGAGGAGAAGCCUGAGGAUUUGGACAAGGGCGAGGGUCUUGUUGGUCUCGAUGACGAGGGCAAGCUCUCUACGAUGACCUUCCUUCCCCAGCUCAACUCCUUCUCCAUUGGCCUUCCCGGCUCUCCUGACAACGAGGCUGCCCUCAAGGUGGCCAAGUUCCUCGGCACCAAGCACCACGUCAUGACCUUCACCAUCGAGGAUGGUCUUAACGCCUUGUCUGAUGUCAUCUACCACCUCGAGACCUACGAUGUCACCACCAUCCGUGCCUCGACUCCCAUGUACCUGCUCUCUCGCAAGAUCAAGGCCAUGGGCAUCAAGAUGGUCCUCUCUGGUGAGGGUUCCGACGAGAUCUUCGGCGGUUACCUCUACUUCCACGGCGCCCCCAACAAGGAGGAGUUCCACACCGAGUGCGUCCGCCGCGUCAAGAACCUUCACUUGGCCGACUGCCUGCGCGCCAACAAGUCCACCUCCGCGUGGGGUCUUGAGGCCCGUGUGCCCUUCCUCGACAAGGAGUUCCUCGAAGUGUCGAUGAACAUCGACCCUGCGGACAAGAUGAUCAACAAGGAAAGAAUGGAGAAGUACAUUCUCCGCAAGGCUUUCGACACCUCGGACGACCCGACCGCCGAGCCCUACCUUCCCGACAACAUCCUCUGGCGCCAGAAGGAGCAGUUCUCUGACGGUGUCGGAUACGGAUGGAUCGAUGCCCUCAAGGACAACGCCGAGCUCCACGUCACCGACGAGAUGAUGAAGAACCCCAAGCCCGAGUGGGGCAGCGAUAUCCCUGACACCAAGGAGGCCUACUGGUACCGCCUGAUGUUCGACGAGCACUUCCCCCAGUCGUGCGCGUCGACCGUCAUGAGGUGGACACCCACAUGGUCCAAGCAGACGGAUCCCAGUGGCAGAGCUAUCUCGAUCCAUCAGGCCAAGUAUGAGGAUGCUUAAAUGUCUUUCCCAUCAUUUUUGUAUAUGAGUCAUGGCUUCCGGAGGGUCUGGUAUCUAGCAGGGCGUCAUGUCAAAAGAUAGGGUAAGGGAUGCGUUGAAGUACAGCACAGCUAGCCUGUGAGAAUGCAAAAGCUCUGAAAAGUUCAUUUUGGUGCAGGGUUUUUGAUGGCUGAAUUGCCUUGGCAAGGCAUAUCCGUAGAUAUGCAGGCUGUGAUCUUGGGGGUGAUGAGCAGGAGGGAAUGCAAUGCAGAUAUCAACCUGAUAAAACCUGGGGAAGAAGAGCCAAGCUCUCAAAGCUGGAGCCAAAGUGUCUGCAUAGAGGAAACAGCCGCCAAUGUGCUAAGCGGAUUCAUCCACGUGGAGGACCUUGACAUAAACUACCACCUAUAUGAACAAGGGGUUCUGUUAAAGGGAACAAACAAAUAACUGCCUUGACAAACAUUGAAUAUAGGUAAUGACCAAAAAGAUUGCUCAGACAUGC